AUGCUUGAGGAAGCUCUCUCGGAGCAAAAGGAGAUGAGGAGCGAGAUCAAGCAACUGACUCAGAGGCUGGAGAACUCAGAAAAACACCAGAAGAUGCGAGACAACCAGAUAGCCCAGAUAGCUCAGUCUGUCUCAAGAGCACAGGGUACAUUCCUAGGGAAACCGGAUUUAAAUCCGAUGGAACAUUGCAAUCGCAUUGAGCUGCGGAGCGGACGUACUGUGGGAAACCCUCAAAUCAUCACUCAGAUAGAGGUUGACUUAGAAAAGAAACUCACUCUCCUAAUGCCCAAUCAGACUCAAAACAGGGAUAGAGAAGAGGGUACUAAAAAGAUUAGAGAAGCUUGUCAGACUAUCCCACAGAAUCAGAUGAUCUCGUUUCCUCAGAAGCUUAUAACAUCCCAAAAGGAUGAAGAAUUUCACCGGUUUUUGAAAAAGGUUAAAGAGAUUUGCGUUGAGGUACCAUUGUUAGAUGCGCUGCACCAAAUGCCGAAGUUCGCAAAAUUUUUAAAGGGAAUCUUAUCCAAUAGAAGGCAAAAAGGUGACUUCGAGACCAUAGCAUUGACAGAGGGCUGCAAUGCUCUUUUCAUGGCGAAUUCCCCACCGAAACUUCAGGAUCCAGGAAGUUUCUCCAUACCGUGCAAAAUUAGCUCUGAACUCAUACCGAGAGCCUUCUGUGAUUUGGGAGCUAGUGUCAGCCUACUCCCAUACUCUCUGUGCAAGAAAUUGGGACUUCAGAUGGAAGACGUGCCAGUAGAAGUGGGGGGUUGUGUCAUCCCCACGGACUUCAUCAUUAUGGAUAUGAAGGAGGACCCCAAAAUCCUGAUCAUUCUUGGAAGACCAUUCCUCACCACGGCAGGAGCCCUCAUCGACGUGAAGAAUCACAAGCUAUCAUUGGAGAUCGGUAAAGAAAGAAUUGAAUUUGAUUUGUCCAACCCUUCUAACUGCGUCUCCUUUUCCCAGGGAAAUCCUAGCAGGAUAGAUGCACGCAGUGUCGAGGAGCGCACCUUUCGAUAA